UUUAAAAAACGCACCAAAUACCCUCGCCUGUUUCGAUUCACAUAAUAUACCCCUAUUUAUCCGUACUGUUCAUGACAUGCACCUGUCAGCUAACGCCGUUAGUCUGCCGUUAGUGGUGUUUUACUUAUUUGCCCUUAAUUUUGGUUUAGCGCCAUUGACUUCCUUCACUUUCACAGAAAGACCAAAAAAAAAAAAACCGUUCACAUUUUUCUCUUUCUCUCUCCUCUCCCCUGUUCUUCUUCAAGCUCUAAUCCUACUCAAACCCUAGAAAUUCUGGGUAGAUCUUCAAUAUUUUUGUGAAUUUUGCUGCGCACCUUAAAGGCGAGUUCGUGGGUUGUGAUUUUGCUUCAAUCGCGACAAAAAAGGGAGAAACUUGAGGCGAUUUCCAGUUGAGUUAGUGUUGAAGAGGAAACGGGAAUUUUAAAGUUGGUUAGUCUACUUCCAGGAUGAGUGCUAUUUGGUUGUUACUACGUUAUGGGUCACAUAGUUUUGAUAUUAGAGUGGGAGACAUGGAAAAAUAUCGUUUGUUGAAGUUGUUUCUUGAUAUCUUUGAGGAAUCAGUUAAGCAAGAUGUUUUUUUGCCUAGUACCUUUAGCUUGUAUGUUGAGGGUCCUUGUGGUAAGGUUGAAUUGAAUGAUGAUAAGACUUUAAGGCUUCUGUGGGGAUGGAAUUGGGGUAAAGACACUGCUGAAAUUUGGGUUGAGGGAACAGAUAAACCAGGAUUGGUGUUUAGGAAUGCUGUUGCAACAAUUGAGAAUCAUAGAAAGGAAAAAGAGAGACAACUUAAGGAGAGACAAGAGGAACUGUUGAGGGCUCAAAGAGAGGAGGAAGAGGCAAUGAGGAAACAACAGGAAAGGGAGGACAUUUUGAGGGAAAUACAGGAACAAAUGGAGUACACUGUGGCUAUGGAGGUCCCUGUUGUUGAUUGUGAGGACAUGAAGGUUGAGUAUGUGAGAGUCAUUAGCAAAGAUGAUGCUGAUGAGGUGUUUCCAGGUUGCUCUCAACCACAACAAACACAAGAAUCCCCAAAGAAACAACCCACCCCACCCAAACACACAAAUCAUGUUGCUUCUAAGUCAAAAGGCAAGGAUAAGCCUGCUUCUAAGAAACUAACCCCCAAAAGGAGGGCAUCAGCUAAACAAUCCACCCCACAGAAACAACCCACCCCACCUAAACAACCCACCAAACAACCUACACCACCACCCCCACCACCCCCACCACAGAAAGAACCCACCCAACCAAAACAACAACAACACACACCACCACCAGAACAUCCCACCUCUCCACCACAACAACAACAACACACACCACCACCAGAACAUCCCACCUCUCCACCACAACAUCACACCCCUCCACCACCACCACAAAAUCCCACUCCACCACAGAACAACCAAACUGAUGAGCCUAACAAUCAAGCACCACCUGAUCAAGCUCAGCCAGUGAAAAAGAAGGGGGGCAGAGCUAGACCUGAGGGGUUUAGGAUUAACAAAGUCACUGCUAAGAAGGCUGGAACUUGGGUUUCCAAGGGAAAGGGAAAAGGGAGAAAGGGUACAGGAAGGUCUAAGACACCAGGGGUUUUUGCUGAUGUUGGUGAGAUAUGUUCAGAAGAGGAGAGUGAGGAUUCUGAUUAUGAGGAAUCAGAUUCUGAACAAUAG